AUGCCUAUUAAUACUUUGAGGGCCGAGGGUGCAGCUUGUUUUGUGUGCGGAUUUCCAAGGAUAAUGCAGCGUCCUGAGGUGAAGUAUACCCAGCUUUUCAUCAACAACGAAUUCGUGAAUAGCAAGUCGGGGAAGACAUUCGAGGUGCAGGAUCCUGCGACGCAGGAGAUCAUUUGCCGCGUUCAAGAGGGCGAUGCCGCCGACAUCGACCUGGCUGUGAAGGCAGCCGCAAAGGCCUUCGAGGUAGACUCGGUGUGGCGCACUAUGGAUGCCUCCAAACGUGGACGCCUCCUCUACGAGCUGGCCGACCUCAUUGAAAAGAAUGCGGGCUACAUUGCCCAUCUAGAGUCCCUGGACGUCGGAAAGCCUGUCGGCGAUGCCAAAGUUGAUGUUGCAAUGGCUAUAAAAGGUGCUCGCUACUUCGCCGGCUACGCGGACAAGACACACGGAAAAGUGAUCCCAGUUGAUGGCAACUCCAUCUGCUGGACUCGUCAUGAACCGGUUGGAGUGGUGGCCAUCAUCACACCCUGGAAUUUUCCGUUUUUCCUAUGCAUGCAAAAGAUCACCGCUGCUCUGUGCGUUGGCUGCACCGUAGUUGCGAAACCAGCUGAGAACACUCCACUGACCGCCAUCUUCCUGGCCUCCUUAUUCCAACAAGUUGGCUUUCCUCCUGGCGUCGUGAAUAUAGUUCCGGGAUUCGGUGCAACAGCGGGCGCGGCGCUGAUCCGCCAUCCUCUGGUGAAUUCCAUCUCCUUCACGGGCAGCACAGCCGUUGGGAAGUUCAUCCAGGCGACUGCUGCAGAAACUACAAAGCGCGUUGGACUGGAACUCGGUGGCAAAUCGGCUCUCAUCAUCUUCGCCGAUGCCGACUUUGAAAAAGCUGCUCGGACAGCCCAUGAGACCAUAAUGGCGAACGCCGGACAAGUGUGUGUGGGUUCAUCGCGAGCAUUCGUACAGGACGAAAUCUACGACCGGAUGGUGCAGCGACUGAAGGAGCUGGCUGAGGAACGCCGAGUUGGAGAUCCCUUCGACCCAGCCACUGUUCAAGGACCACAGGUGAGCCAAUUGCAGUUCGACCGGGUGAUGAAGUACAUUGAGAUGGGCAGGAAGGAGGGUGCUCGUCUGGUCACCGGUGGUGAACGCGUCGGUGACAGAGGCUACUUCAUCCAGCCCACUGUCUUCGCCGAUGUCACCGACGACAUGACUAUUGCGCGCGAGGAAAUCUUCGGUCCGGUUCAGAGUAUCCUUCGUUUCUCAACUCUGGAAGAGGUCAUUCGACGCGCCAACAGCUCCGACUACGGACUAGGUGGUGGUGUCUUCACCAGCGACAUGGACAAGGCGAUGCGUGUGGCACAAUCUCUUCAGGCUGGUUGUGUCUGGAUCAACAGUUACAUGGUCGUAAACAUCGGUGCCCCAUUCGGUGGAUUCAAGCGUUCCGGCAUCGGAAGAGAGAUGUGA